GCAGUUGCAUUCUGGGAGACUGAUGAUUGACACGGCCGCCAUUUUGCUCCUGCUCUGUCUGCUUCCAUUGUGUGACAGAUAGUAAAUAUCUGACACUGCCAGACAACCACAACACACUUGUAUCCGUGCGAAGAAAAAGCGUAAAAUUCAUCCUCGGUGAUACUUCGCAAUGGCUCGUACCAAGCAGACUGCUCGUAAGUCCACUGGAGGAAAGGCUCCUCGUAAGCAGCUGGCCACCAAGGCUGCCCGCAAGAGUGCCCCCUCGACUGGUGGCGUCAAGAAGCCCCAUCGUUACAGGCCUGGUACCGUGGCUUUGAGAGAGAUCCGUAGGUACCAGAAGUCCACUGAGCUGCUGAUCCGUAAGCUCCCCUUCCAGCGCCUGGUGAGGGAGAUCGCUCAGGACUUCAAGACCGACCUGCGUUUCCAGAGCGCCGCCAUUGGAGCCCUGCAGGAGGCCAGUGAGGCGUACCUGGUGGGUUUGUUCGAGGACACUAACCUGUGCGCCAUCCAUGCCAAGCGUGUCACCAUCAUGCCCAAAGACAUCCAGCUGGCACGCCGCAUCCGUGGAGAGCGUGCUUAGACGGCCUCCCUAAUGUUUCUCCUCUGUCCUGUUUUUCUUUACCUGUACAUGCCCUUACUCCUUCAUUCUACCCCACCUCCACCCAUCCCUGUCACCCUCCCUCCCCAGCCUGCCCAGCUUCUCAGUAGACUUUAGAGUAAUUCUGAUUAUGAAGAGAUAGAAAUAUGUUGAAGUCUGGUCUCAUAGGUUUUUUUUGUCUUCACCAAAUGUUUUUAGCCUACCUUUUUCGUGCAUGUAAAAGGUUUUGCAGAUCAGACGCACAUGUGCACACAUACUCAAACAUGCGUCGUUGGGUUUGGGUUGUACCUCAAAACAUGAAGUCCACCGGUGAGCUCACCUGGAUUCUUCCAGGGUGGGAGGCCAGCAGGUGUGGUUGUGUGGCAAACAGAGCUGAAGCAGAGGGACGUGGCCAAGGGGCUAGUCUGCUUAAGGGGAGCUGCAACUUCCACAGCAGGGUGCUAUUAAAACUAGUCCUGAGGCCUCUGCCCCCUCUGAACACCCUCCUCCCCUCCCGCCCAGUCCAACUCCCCCAGCUGCAGCCGGAUGGCUCGCUGUACCUCCUUCACCUCUGUAAUCUGCACUGGGAGGGGAUGGCGGUCUGUUUGUGUGGAUGUGUGAGCUCUGAUCUUUCAAACCACUUGUACUCAACAAGCAAGAAUCUUUUGGUUGCUUAAGAAUAUUGAUUAUCGUUGUGGAUAUGGUGUCUAUUUUUUUUAUGCAUAUAAUUAAUCGAUGAGCAUCUCUUCUGUUUACCGCUUCCAAAAUCAUCAAAUUAAGAGAAAAAAGCAAUUAAUAUUGUCAACAUGGUUCUCAGUUGUUGUUUUUUACAGUGAUCUGAUUCGCUAUAGAAAAUCAGGAAGGGCUUCUCUGUUUUCCAAGGCAACUUCUAUUCUAAUGGCAGCCACACGGGGGCGAUGGUUUACCAUCUCCUCAUCUAUUCAACUGUUCACUGUAGAUCAGUCAUCACACUUUAUGCUUCGGCCUCUCUGUCUUCAUCUCCACAGAGAGGCUUUAGACUUGUCACAACAGUAUGAAUUGACUUUAUAGUAAAAGUAACACUGCAUGUUUAGGGUCUGUGUGUCUCCUGCACUCUGUAGAUCUGAACAUUAUAAUCUGUCCCUUUCUCAAAAUUUGUGAUACACAAUAUAACCUCAUAUUUGUUUUCUUUUAUAUUUUUCUUAUUCCUCGAGAUUUUCAGACGUAUAAAUAAGCUGAUCUUUGUAUUUUCCAAAUUUCUCAUAUUAUGGUGGUAAUAAAUAGGUGUUAAAACAAA